AUGAUGAUUUUUUUUUCUUUUUAUUAUUGAUCUUCUUUCUAUAUCUUUUUAUUACUGCUAUUUCCAUCUCUACAUUAUUAAAAAAAAAAAAAAUGAAAUUCACUAAUAUAUGGCUGAUGAUGCUCAUCGGCGCUCUAUUCUUAAUUCAAUACAUUCAUGCAUCGGUGGAUCUAUUAGAUCAUCAUCAACUUUCAAAACGAGCAUUUGGGUCUGAUCUACUGAAACGAGAAAUCAAGCAAUCAACUGAUGACCAAAAGUCUUCAUUGUUGGUCAAACGAUGUAACCUUGGUGGACAUCAUAAGCGUGGCGAUGAUAAUGACGACGAUAGUGGAAAGCAUGAUGGUGGAUUACUCGAUCUGGAAUGUAUUUUGGGUAAUGUGGUUGACUUGGUUGAAUCUCUCUUGGGUCAAGAAGAUAAUGAUGACGAAAAAGCCGAUGGUCUUGUGAAAGAACUUGUUCAACUUGUCCGGCAAUUAUUACACACCUUGAAUUUAGGUGAUGGUCUUGAUAUUGAUGGUCUAUUGGGUGGAUUACUUGGUGGUGGAGAACACUUUGAUGACGAUGAUGACUUUGGUUGUGGUUGUGAUGGUGAUCAUGAUGCUCUUGUUGCCCAUUUGAUCAAGCAAAUCCGACAUGUUUUGGAUUCCCUUCUAGGUUGUGAUGAUGAUCACAAUGGCUUGAUUAAUCAAUUAGUCCAAGUUGUCAAUGGUUUACUCAGUUCUUGUGAAGAUGGCCAUUUAUUACGUCGUUCCAUUAUUAAAAAACGCUGUGAUGGAGGUGGUCUGCUCGAUUUGAACUGUCUUCUUGAUAAUGUGGUCGAUUUAGUGGAAUCUAUCUUGGGUGGACUUGGUGAUGAUGAUGAUGAUAAGGAUGGUUUGGGUGGUUUGAUCAAACAAUUGCUCCAAGUGGUUCGUAAAUUACUUCAUACUUUGGGAUUAGCUGAUGAUGAUGGUCUUGAUCUUGAUGGCCUCCUUGGUGGUCUUUUAGGUGGAGAUCAUGAUGAUGAUGAUGACUUUGGAUGUGGUUGUGAUGGUGACAAUGAUGCUUUGGUUGCCCACUUGAUCAAGUUGGUUCGACAUCUUUUGGAUCAAAUUCUUGGCUGUAGUGAUGAAGAUCAUCUUGGUUUGGUACCUCGCUUGGUAGAAUUGGUCAAAGACUUAUUAUCCUCUUGUGAAGAUCAUGGUGAUGGUGAUAGCAAGGACAACGAUCAUGGUGUUGGUAAACAUCAUGGCCAUGAUGACGAUGAUGGCAAGGACAAUGGUCAUGGUAUUGGCAAAGGUCAUGGUCAUGAUGAAGAUGAUGGCAAGGACAGUGAUCGUGAUAUGCACAAGGAUCAUGGUCAUCAUGGUGACGACGAUGAUGAUGAAUGUCAUGGUGGACUCUUGAAUUUGGACUGUCUUUUGGAUACCGUAGUUGAUUUGGUCAAUUCUAUUCUUGGUGGCGAACAUCAUCAUGAUGACGAUGACGAGGUAUCUGAUUUGGUGCAUCAAGUACUCAAGGUGGUACGUCGUCUAUUGAAAGGAUUGAAUUUGAAUGGUACUUUGAAAUUGGAUGGACUUCUCGGUGGUGACCAUGAUGAUGAUGACGACUUUGGAUGUGGUUGUGAUGGUGAUGAUGAUGCUCUUGUGUCUCAUUUGGUCAAGACAGUCAAAGAUCUUUUGGAUCAGCUUGCUGGUUGCAAAGAUGACGAUGGUUUAAUUGCUCGCUUGAUCAAGGGAGUGAACAACUUGUUGGAUUGUCUAUUAGAUAGCAAGGAUAAAGAAGACAAGUUACGAAAGCGAUUCAUACAACGCAAACGUUCCACUUUUGGUAAACGUGAUCUAUUGGAUGUUGGCUUAGUUAAAUCUGUUUUGGAUACUGUACAAGGCACAUUGGCCUCUCUCUUGGGUAAAUGCGAUGAUGACUCUGUUCUGACUGGCUUGAUCGACAAGGUUACUGACGGCGUACAAAAUAUCUUGGAUUGUUUGGAUAGCGGUGAACUCGGACCGAUCACCCAACUGGUGAAGGAUCUUGUCAAAUUUGUAUCCAAUCUUUUACAUUAUUUGACAGAUGAUGAUUCCUUGGAUGUGGACGAUCUUGUAUCACAAUUGGUUGAUGCCAUCACCGAUUUGGUUUCAGUUUGUAAUCUUCUCAGUGUCAUUGAUGUGAAAAGCUUACUUUCUCAUUAAGUAGUAUAGUACAUCUAUUUUAUUUUAUUUUUAUUAUUAUUAUUAUUAUCUCUUUUGUUUUGUUUUAAAAUAUAUGUCCAAGUACUAGUACAUGCAAUACCAAAAGCUCA